UGAUAAUAUAUACGAAAAGAAAACCGUUUUUAUUUGUGAACUCAACAAAGAUAAACGGUAGCUAGUGGGAUCCUGGACGAGCGUUCCGCCCUAUUCAGGAGCCGUCAUCUGGGUUUACAUGCAUCCUAGAGUUAGUAUUCACUCCAUAGCUCCAACCCAGUACCAUUCGCUUCAAACGUGAUCGCGCUAUCCACUUAGCUACUGAGUUGUAGUAGCCAUUCGCUUGUGCAAUCGGACUAUGUCCAGAAUUGUUCUCCUCCUAGCGCAUACACAUAAACCAUUGAAUCAUAAUGAUAUAAAAUGUAAACAAGAAAAUCAAUAUAAUUUAUCAGAUAAUUUUCAACAAUUAUCCAAUCCUUUAUGGUUAGAAGAUAAUAAACUUUCGGAUUCAUUCAAUUUUAAUGAUAAUUUUCAAGCUUUACAUGAUCUAAAUGAAUUGAAAUCUCAUAUCAAUCAUUCAAUAGUAGAUGUUUCCAAUACUGACAGAAAACAAAUAAGAAUCUCAGAGACUUUCUACCCAGUUAAUGUAAAUGGACUUGUUAUUUGGAAUUUGCAUAUUAACAAUAAAUCAAAUGAAAUUAUUAUAUGUCCUGAAACUUAUCAAAUAUGGUUGAAUAAACAGAAGAUUAAAAAUAUCAAAGUAUAUUUAGGUUGUCAUAGACAAUCACAACAUGGGACAUUAUUACUUCAAUUUGAAAUGAACCUUUCAAAUGAUCCAAUUAAUAAUCAGCAUUCAUUUCAACAAAUUAUAAAAAGUUUUAAUUAUCAAUUUAUUAUUUCUGCAUUUUAUUCAUCUGAAUGUUCUAUAACACUAGAAGAUAAAGAACUUAUUUUAGAUCUAUUACAAUUGAAACAUAUGAAAUCAUUAAUGAAUAUGUCAAUGACCAAUUGGACAAUUCGUUAUAUUUAUCAUAUUUAACUUAUUACCAUAUUGGAAAACCAGUAUGUAUAAUUUAGGUUUAUUAAUAGUAUAACUAAUGAAUAAAUAAAAAUAAUUCUUUACAUGGUUUUAUAUUGAGA